AUGUAUGGUCCCUAUGGCCCGUAUGGGGGGAGGGCGCCGAUGGUGGGGAAGCACAAGAAAGCCAAGAUCACGGAUGAAUGGGUGAUCUCAGAGUUCAGCUCGGUUCAGACUGAUGAAGAGCAGGAGAGCGCAGAGCAGAACCACAUGUGCGCUCGCUACGAGAAGGCUCUAGACUCCUUCCUCUCCACUCCCCUACACCUGCAGGAGGGCGCAGAGCAGAACCACAUGUUCGCUCGCUACGAGGAAGCCCUCGACUCCUUCCUCUCCACACCAACCGCUGCAACCACACCUCAUGCUGUAACCACUCUUGCUCUCUCUGCUCUAUCUCCCCACCAAGCAGAGCAGGAGAGUGCAGAGCAGAACCACAUGUGUGCUCGCUACGAGAAAGCCCUCGACUCCUUCCUCUCCGCACCAACCGAUCUAACCACACCUCAUGCUGUAACCACUCUUGCUCUCUCUGCUCUAUCUCCCCACCUUCAGAGCAGGAGAGCGCGGAGCAGAACCACAUCCCCCAUUGCUGCAGUGGACUCUGGUCGCCAGCUCGCCCUACCCCCUCUCACCCUCACCACUGCAGUCCCCCCGUGGCUGCAGUGGACGCUCGUCGCUCAACUCGCCCUCCCCCCGCUCACCCUCACGACCGCCAUUCACGAAUUUCACGACGCUACAUACAACAAGGCUGCUACCACAGCUGCUCAAUUGACAGAAUCGAGUGAUGCUGGCAACACUAUCGGGGCAGACGAUGAAGCGAAUACUGCCAGACCAGCAAAGUUUGCCACUGGAUCAGCAAAUGCUGUCAGCUCUACUCCUGAUGCUUCUGCAAAUGCAGCAGAACUCUUGUUUUCAAACCAGAAAUUGGAUGAGCACGUGCAGAGGUGGCUGAUGGGUCGGAUACCCAAGAGGGCGUGGAGUGACGUGGCUCAGUGCGUGGCCUGGUACCGACCAGACUUGGUGUUUACCCGGCACCCUGCUUUUGAGGUCCGCUUUGAACCGCAGAAGCCUUUCUUCCAGCGCCUCUUCCCAUCGCUCUUUCCUGCCCUUGAGUAUUUUCUCCCUGGUGUUUCAUGUCUCCCCUGCUCCGCUCUGUUGCAGGCGCUUGGCUUGCCAGUCGCGGCCACGCGUGCUGCUGUGCUGGCAGCGUACGAGGCCGCCACGUGGCGGCAGCAGGCCUCCAUCCUGCGCCACGUGGCACGCCUCCAGCUCAGCGCUGACUGGGACUUGCUGGGCCUGUCUGCUGCAUCAGCAGGAGGAUACAUUGCGACAGGCGAUGGUGACAAGAGGAGUGGUGACAGUAGCGAUGGUGAUAGUAAUGAAGAUGAAUGGGGAGAACAGGAUCAGACGGAGGAGGAUGAAGAGGAUGAGGGAGAGAUCGGAGAGGAGGGAGAAGGGGGGGAUUCAGAAGCGGAGGAGGGGGAGGAGGAAGAUGAGGAUUUGGUGUGGUCCGAAGCUGAGGAGCAGAGGGCGCUAGCACGGGAUGUAGAGAUGCUGAAGCAGCAGGGGGGGCAGGGAAUCACAAGUCAGGGACUGUUGAGUGAAGGUUUAACUGGUGGAGGUGACAUUGACAUUCUUGCUGGUGGUGGUGCUGCUGCUGCUACAGCUGGAGCUGCUGGCGAGAGUGAUAAUGACGGCUCAAUUAGUGAUGGUGGUGACGAGUUGUCUGUAAUGGAGCAGACUCUAGUGAGGAAAAAAGAAGAGGCAGCUGGGGAGGUGAAAGCAGCAGUGGGUCCAUUUGAUUCGGUCAGGCUGAUUGGAGAGCUCACUCUGCUGCAUGCGAUUGAGACCGGAGAGGAGACAUUCUGA